AUGGUGGACUACUACGAGGUGCUGGGCGUGCCCCGGCAGGCCUCGACCGAGGCCAUCAAACACCGCAAGCUGGCACUCAAGUGGCACCGGACAAAACCCGAGAACAAGGAGGAAGCAGAAAGGAGAUUCAAGCAGGUGGCGAGGGCUCGAGUGUUGUCGGACGCCAAGAAGCUGUGAUGUGUCGGCCGUUAUGGCGGCGGGGCGGAGGAGUAGCUGCGUGGCAUUCGAGACCUUGAGCACAUCUUCAGCUUCCGCGACCGGUCGAGGUCUUCAGGGGAGUUCUUCGGUGGCCAGGACCCAUUCUCCUUUGACCUCUAAACCCAACUGGAAAAUAUUUUGGGAGGUCGGAGGAACUCGAGAAAUAGAAACGGAGGGUCUGCACCUUUUCUCUGCCUUCAGUGA